GGGGCGGGGCGGCUCCUCCCGGCGGGAGGGGGAGGGCGCACGGGAGGAAGGAGGAAGCCGCCAUCUUGGAGCGUCGAGUCGCCAUAACAAGGCACCGGGGCAGCGAGAGGAUUUUAUACCUGGGCGAGGGGGAGCGCGGCUGGUGGCGAUUGAAGCAAGUGAAUUCUGACAUAACUUCGUUAGAGGGCUUUUUUUAAAAAAAAGUUGAUCCACAGUGCAUCAGAGCAAGUUACUGCUUUACUUUUGAGUGACUUACAGGUGCUUGCCUGCAUUGCAAUAAAGGACUCAUAUAUUGAGCAAGACUUAUUUAUCUCUUCGUUUUGGAGAGUCUAAUAAACUGUUAUUACAGUUUCUGUACUGACUUUCAAAGUUUUGAGUCUAAAAAGACAUCUUUAAAGAUAAAACCAUGAGCACGGCCAGAACAGAGAACCCUGUUAUAAUGGGUCUAUCCAGUCAGAAUGGGCAGUUGAGAGGCCCCGUAAAACCCAGCGGGGGCCCAGGAGGUGGAGGCACACAAACUCAGCAGCAGAUGAACCAGCUGAAAAACGCCAACACAAUCAAUAAUGGCACUCAACAGCAAGCACAGAGUAUGACCACCGCUAUUAAACCUGGUGAUGACUGGAAGAAGACUUUAAAACUCCCUCCAAAAGAUUUGAGAAUCAAAACUUCGGACGUGACCUCCACAAAAGGAAACGAGUUUGAAGAUUACUGUUUGAAACGGGAGUUGCUGAUGGGAAUUUUUGAAAUGGGCUGGGAAAAACCAUCUCCUAUUCAGGAGGAGAGCAUCCCCAUUGCUUUAUCUGGUAGGGAUAUCUUGGCUAGAGCGAAAAAUGGAACAGGCAAGAGUGGAGCCUACCUCAUUCCUUUACUUGAACGGCUAGACUUAAAGAAGGACAAUAUACAAGCAAUGGUGAUUGUUCCCACCCGUGAACUAGCCCUGCAGGUCAGUCAAAUCUGUAUCCAAGUCAGCAAACACAUGGGAGGUGCCAAAGUGAUGGCAACCACAGGAGGAACCAAUUUGCGAGAUGAUAUAAUGAGACUUGAUGAUACAGUGCAUGUGGUGAUAGCUACCCCUGGGAGAAUUCUCGAUCUCAUCAAGAAAGGAGUAGCAAAAGUUGAGCAUGUCCAGAUGAUAGUAUUGGAUGAGGCAGAUAAGUUGCUGUCUCAAGAUUUUGUUCAAAUAAUGGAAGAUAUUAUUCUCACGCUACCUAAAAACAGACAGAUUUUGCUCUACUCUGCCACUUUCCCUUUGAGUGUACAGAAGUUCAUGAAUUCCCAUUUGCAGAAACCCUACGAGAUUAAUCUGAUGGAGGAGCUGACUUUGAAGGGAGUUACUCAGUACUAUGCCUAUGUCACUGAGCGUCAGAAAGUGCACUGCCUCAACACGCUCUUUUCCAGGCUCCAGAUUAACCAGUCGAUCAUUUUCUGCAACUCCUCUCAACGGGUUGAAUUGCUAGCCAAAAAGAUCUCCCAGCUUGGCUAUUCCUGCUUCUAUAUACAUGCUAAAAUGAGGCAGGAGCACCGCAAUCGUGUAUUCCACGAUUUUCGGAAUGGCUUGUGCCGCAAUCUCGUUUGCACUGAUCUGUUUACCCGAGGUAUUGAUAUCCAGGCUGUGAAUGUGGUGAUAAACUUUGAUUUCCCAAAGCUGGCAGAGACUUAUCUCCAUCGCAUUGGCAGAUCAGGUCGCUUUGGUCAUCUUGGCCUGGCCAUCAACUUGAUCACCUAUGAUGAUCGAUUCAACCUGAAAAGUAUUGAGGAGCAGUUGGGAACUGAAAUUAAACCCAUACCAAGCAACAUUGACAAGAGCCUGUAUGUGGCAGAAUACCACAGUGAACCUGUAGAAGAUGAGAAACAGUAAACAUGUAUGUUUCUAAAAUGAGAAAUUGGUGAGGGACAGAGAGGAAAGUGGUCCUCAGAAAGGUGAGGAGAGAAAAUGGAUAGCUGUGAGAACAGAGCACCAACAGAAGAGCUAAGCACCUCACCAGUCAGACGGAGCAGGUUCCAGCGAAAGGUGCUGCCUCUUUUGUAUCCUUUGGUUCACAGAACUCCUGCAAGUGAACAAAGUAGGGAGAGAAGCUGUAAUUCAUAUUUGCUGCCACACGAGGUCGUCUACAUAGUUUUAAAAGAAAAUGAGGUUGCACUGUUGGAGACUCCUAAGUGCUCCCUUUCUGAUCGUUGUCCGAGAAAAAGCUGCUGAGUCGAGUCCUUUUAUAAGAAGACUACUUGCCCUGGACUGCAGUCAAGCAAAGUAGCUGCAGGAUGACGUUUGAUCUGGCCUUAGUUAAGAUGCUGUGUUGUGCAAGAUCCAACACCGUACAGUUUGGGCUGGAAAUCAUUCUUUUGUGUGUUCUUCUCAGAGAUCAUGAAUUAGAAAGUGAAGCUGCUGAAAUUUGCCUCAGGUGACCAAUAAAAAAAAAAAGUGACCAUAGAAGCAGACUGCUUGAUAGUGUUAGAAUGAACUGUGGUUCCUUCUUUGAAAUCAUCCAGGGACAGCCUUAGCCAGUCAUGCCAAGCUGACUUGCAAGCCUCUGCUUUGCUGGUUGAACCUCCUCCAAGUUUAUAAGUAAAUAAAAAAAGGAAACAAGUGAUGAACUUGGAACAGGCUCUUGGGUGGCUUCUUUAAGGGGAAUACUCUGACCUUGCCAGAGAACAGUUUGCUGCUUCCUAAAAGGCAAGAAACCAGGAGAUAAUUGUGCUCCUAAGUACAGUAGAGCAUUAGCAGCACCUCUUUCUACAAAGCUGAGGCUGAGGUUGAGCUGUUCAACAUGCCCUUUGCUUUUCCAGAGCUGGUGCAUAGUCAGUGUGAAUUAUCUCUUACGUUCUAGUUUUGCAUAGAACCGAUUUAACUGUGGGUGUUGUGGUUGUGUUUUUUUGUGUUUUGUUUUUUUUUU